CCCAUAGAGAUCGCCACCCUUCCAUCUUCUAUUCUCUGGGGUCCCUCUUCUCUUCUGCUUCUUACUUGGAUUCCACUGCUUCCAAGCUCUCCUUUUUAUCACUCCAUGUAAGAGAAAACCUGCUUUCCGAUCCCCAGCUUCCUUUCCCCCGUUCUCUGAUCCUGGAUUCAUACAUCAGGAGUCUAAAGCUGCUAUUUUGAUCCCAAAGAUCCGAUCAAGGAGGCAUCAUCUGGGCUUAGGCUUAUAAUUACGAUCCAAAUGGCUGCUCUCAUGAGGCCAGCCAUCCUUCUUUCUCUGAUAAUUUCUCUCAUUCUACCUUGCUUGGCCCAGAACUGCCUCAAUGACACCUUCUCAAACAACAGGCUCUACACCCUCUGCAGCUCUCUCGGCCGCCUCAACGCGACCCUCCACUGGACCUACCACCCUUCCAACGGCACCGCCGAUAUUGCCUAUUCGGCACCGCAGGAAUCCUCGGGGUUCGUCGCCUGGGCCAUCAACCCCUCCAGCUCCGGCAUGAUAGGCGCCAACGCCAUCCUCGCCUUCUACGACUCCACCGCUGCGGUCACCGCGAUCACCUAUGAGUUCUCCAACUACACUCCUUCGGUGCGGGACAGCAACCUUAGCUUCAGGGUUUACAGCCGGGAGGCGGAGUACUCCGACGGCAAGUACACCAUCUACGCCACGGUGGCGCUGCCCGGCAAUCGCACGACGUUGAACACCGUGUGGCAGGCCGGGCAGGUCAGUGGAGGGGUGCCCGUCGGUCAUGCUUUAAGCGGCGAUAACAUCAAGUCGAUGGGAAGCACCGAUUUCCUGACCGGGGAGUCAUCCGGCAGUUGAGGGAGCUCAAGGCUACACCGCAUGAAUGUAACUAUAUAAUAUGAAGGAUAUUUCCAUUAAAAAAAAAAAGAAUAUCUUCAUUUUUGUUGUGAAUUAUGCGGUGAGCAAGAUUUGCCCUCUCAACACUGCAUCCAUACCGAUAUACUAUAUAUUUUAAUAUAAUAUCUGUAAGCAGUAUGGUAUAAUAAAUCUCGAUAUACAAUCUUGAUACUAUAUGGUAUCGUAUACUAGUAGGCUCAGUAUGAUAUGAUAUGAUGUCAUAUACCCAUAUGGGUAUUGAUCGAUUCGAUUCAUAUUCGAUCCAU